CAGAGCCAGAGCUUCUUCUUUUCGCUUCAUCCUCGUCUUCGCGUUGAAGCAAUUAUUCGACGUCGUGAUCCUAUUUUAAUUAUUAGUGGAUUUCUUACGUAUAAUUCAAUUUAGGAUUCGGAAAAAUGCCUCCUAAAUUUGAUCCCAGCGAAGUUAAAAUUGUGUUCCUGCGAUGUGUGGGAGGGGAAGUAGGUGCUACAUCAUCAUUGGCCCCGAAAAUUGGACCUCUGGGUCUGUCUCCCAAGAAGGUCGGUGACGACAUAGCCAAGGCCACUUCGGACUGGAAGGGUUUGAAGAUCACAGUUCAGUUGACCAUUCAGAACAGACAGGCCACCAUCUCCGUUGUUCCGUCGGCUGCGUCCCUCGUCAUCAAGGCACUCAAAGAGCCCCCACGAGACAGGAAGAAGGUUAAGAACGUAAAACACAGUGGCAACCUUCCUUUUGAAGAGAUCCUCAACAUUGCCAGGGUCAUGAGGCCUAGAUCCAUGUCUAGGAAGAUGGAGGGAACCAUCAAAGAGAUCCUUGGAACUUGCCAGUCUGUCGGUUGCACAGUGGAAGGCAAACCUCCUCACGAAAUCAUCGACGCGAUCAAUGAUCACGAGAUUGAAGUUCCAGAAGAGUAAAUUUGUUUUAUCGCUGUUGAAUAAAAAAACUUCAAAAACAA